GUCUGUCAGGCAGAGAGUGAAGAAGAGUGCAGAGCUUUGCUGUUUGUUUAAUUCCUUUAAUUUCACUUACGUUACGGAUGUUGUGCGUAUAUUCAAAUGAAGCUCCUCCUCCACCAGUGAAGCUCCUCCUCCUCCUCCAGUUCAGCUGUAAACCCUGGAACAUUCCCAUCAGGCUCCAGUGAAGAGUUUAUUGAAGGACAGCGAGAACAUGAGUAAUCCAGAACCCUGCAAAAUUAAACAUGAAGACUCUGAACAACAAAUAGACCUAAUUGAAGAGAAUGAAGGGAGUAAAGAGGAGGAACAUGUUAAAAUUGAAGAAAAAACUCUUUUACAGACUGAUGGCAUUUUGAAAAGAAGAGAAAAGAAUUAUUGCACCUGCACUCAGUGUGGAAAGAGUUUUGGAAGAAAAGGCGAUCUUAACAUUCACAUGAGGAUACACACUGGAGAGAAACCAUUUACAUGCACUCAGUGUGGGAAGAGUUUCAACCAAUCAUCAAACCUUAAUCUACACAUGAGGAUCCACACUGGAGAGAAACCAUUCACAUGCACCCAGUGUGGGAAGAGUUUCAGCCAUUCAUCAUCCCUUAAUCAACACAUGAGGGUCCACACUGGAGAGAAACCAUUCACAUGCACUCAGUGUAGGAAGAGUUUCAGCCAAUCAUCAAACCUUAAUCUACACAUGAUGAUCCACACUGGGGAGAAACCAUUCACAUGCACUCAGUGUGGGAAGAGUUUCUGCCAAUCAUCAUCCCUUAAUCAACACAUGAGGAUCCACACUGGAGAGAAACCAUUCACUUGCACCCAGUGUGGGAAAAGUGUUAAAUCCUCAUCACAUCUUAAUCAACACAUGAGGAUCCACACCGGAGAGAAACCAUUCACUUGCACUCAGUGUAGGAAGAGUUUCAGCCAAUCAUCAUCCCUUAAUCAACACAUGAGGAUCCACACUGGAGAGAAACCAUUCACAUGCACUCAGUGUGGGAAGAGUUUUAACUGCUCAUCACACAUUAAUCGACACACGAGGAUCCACACUGGAGAGAAACCAUUCACAUGCACUCAGUGUGGGAAGAGUUUCAGCCAAUCAUCAUCCUUUAAUCUACACAUGAUGAUUCACACUGGAGACAAACCAUUCACAUGCACUCAGUGUGGGAAGAGUUUUAACUGCUCAUCACACAUUAAUCAACACAUGAGGAUCCACAGUGGAGAGAAACCAUUCACAUGCACCCAGUGUGGGAAGAGUUUCAGCCAAUCAUCACACCUUAAUCUACACAUGAGGAUCCACACUGGAGAGAAACCAUUCACAUGCACUCAGUGUGGGAAGAGUUUCAGCCAAUCAUCAUCCCUUAAUCAACACAUGAGGAUCCACACUGGAGAGAAACCAUUCACAUGCACCCAGUGUGGGAAGAGUGUUAAAUCCUCAUCACACCUUAAACGACACAUGAGGAUCCACACUGGAGAGAAACCAUUUAAUUGCACUUAAGCCGCGGUCACACUGGACUUUUCUCCCUAUAGACUUCCAUUCAUGUGGACGUAAUUACGUCAAACCGGAAACAAAGUUUGUGCGUCAAGUUUUGCAGUUCACUGCGUUGCAAAGUUCAAGCUUGGUGAACUCUGACCUGCGAAAUCGCGUCAUUGGACUGUGUGAGACCAAUCGUAGAUUAAAACAUGACCUCCCAUUUUCGCAGUGCCUUACAACAGAAUUUUGCAUGCUCAAACUCUAGUGUGACCGCAGCUUUGGCAUGGGAUGAGUUUCAGCAACUCAUCAGACUCUAAUAAACACAUGAAGACCCUCACUGGACCAUUCACAUGCACUCAGUGUGGGAAGAGUUUCAACCGAUCAGUAAACCUUAAUGAACACAUGAAGAUCCACAAUGGUGUGAAAGAGUAUAUGUGCUUUGAGUAUGAGAAGACUUUUCUUACAGCUCCAAAAUUGAAACUGCACCAGACGAUUCACACUGGAGAGACCGUACAAGUGUUCACACUGCAACAUGUCUGAAUAAUGUUUGAAAAGGCUGAGUGACGGUAUACUGUUUUCCAGCAGUCUUACACUGCAGUAGGUGGGGUUGUAAAUGUGUUGCGCUCCUCACAUUUACCGUAAACACAAUGAUGGCGGCUGAGAGAAGAACCGUUUUAUAAACAUCUGUCAAACAGCACCUCUGUGGCUUAAAAUCUCUUUGCAAGUGAUUGUACAGGUGCGGAUACAUUUGUACUCCACUCUCCAGUGUAUUCAUAUAGCUAGUGUUGUUUUGGAUCAUGUUCUCUGUCAAGCUCCCUGAAUAAGAAACAAAUCACUGGGAAGACACCACACAUCAAAGAAGGUGGAGCUCCAGGACGGUUAGUUUGCAGUAUACCAGGGCCUAAAGUUUAGAAAGCCCAUUCAAUUGUCCUGUGCUGCAUCUUUUAUUAGUAAAGUUUCUUUACUUUUAGGUUAAAGAUUCUUUCUAGUUUACUACGUUUAUUAGAACAUAAACUGGAUGAAUAUUUUAUAAUUUAGGCAGAGCGACAGGUAUUAAGUUUUACAAUAUUAAUACACUGUGAUGAUCCCAAGACUCCAGAUUGGAGUAUGUGGUAAAUCCUGAUUGGAUGCCUGCAUUACUCAUCAAUGGGUAUAUAAAAGUUGUUGUGCUAGCUACCCCAGGACGCUGUGGCUACUCGGGAGUCCUCAUGUCAAGACCUGCCAUCUCAUUGACUCUUUAACCUUAUGGUUUUGUUUUGCAUUA